UCGGGAAGGGGGAGAUCCGCGGGGGGACGAUUGCGUUCGGGGAGGCAGGUGGCGGGUCCAGGGAAGGGGAGCGGCGCGCUGCGGAGACCCGGGUGCGGGAAAGCGGGGACAGCCCGGUUCUAGGACCCGUAUCCGGCCGGCGGCGGCUCCAUGGCGUCCCCGCGGGCGGCGGAGCUGCGGAGCCCGGGCGAGGCGGCGGCGGCGGCGGCGGCGGGGGGCGGCCCGGCGGGCCCGGGGCUGGCGCUGGCGCUGUGCUGCGCGCUGGGCGGCGCGGCGCUGGUGGUGCUGGCGGGGGCCGUGCCGCGGGCGGCGCGUCCCGACCCGGCGGUACCGGCGCGGCAGAUGGAGCGGCUGGAGCAGCGGGCGGCGCGGCUGCGGGCCCGCCUCGACCGCUGCACCGUGGCCGGGCUGGCGCUGCUGGCCCUGGGCGGGCUCCUGCUCGCCGCCCUGCUGCUGGCCGCCGCCGCCGCCCGCCGCCGCGCACGGGCCGCUCGUCGCACCGGGGGGACCUACGGCUCGGUGCGGCUGCGGCUGCGGCGGGUGUCGGCUGAGGGGACGCGGGCGCUGCUGGAGACACAGCUCAGCCCCCCGCAGCAGCCCCCCGAGGGGCCGGGCUCCUAGCACCCCCCGCACCCCCCGGGGACCCCCCCGCCGUGCUCCUCAACACCGGUGCCAUCCGGUGAGGCUUCACCCGCACCCGGCCACCUUCCUCACCUCCCCGGACCCUCCUUGGAUGGGGAUCCCAUCGGCAGCACCGGAGCGAUGUGGUUUUGGGUGCACGGCCCCACCACCAGCACUGGCAAUGUGGCCUUCUGACACCCCACUCGCCUCCCCAGCACCUUCCUGGACGGGGUCCUGCUCACCAGCACCGGCACCGCGGCACCUUCGAGAUGCCCAUGGGAUUUCAGUGCCAUGGUUGGUCAUGACAUGUGGACAUGAAGCCACAACCGGCUCCUUCCCAGCAUCCAGGGCAGCGCCGGCUGCUCCUCUCUGGGAUGGAGCUUCUCAUUUGCUGCCACCAGUGACCUUUUUGAACAAUAGUUUCUUGUAGAACUCUGUGCUGUGGAGUUGGUGCUCGCACUUCUCUGGGCAGGAGAGGAGGAGGCAGCAAGUGCGACCACCAGCACCCCAGCACCCCCCAGCCCCAUUCCGGGGAGCAGGAUGAAGGCCAGGACAUGCGAUUGCACCGUGCGGAGCAUCCCGCUCCCACCCGCAACCCCAGAACGGCCUCCUCAAAAUCACAGUGCUCUGCCCGGGGAGAGAGGACAAUUCCCAACGCCUGGAAGCAAUGUGGGGGUUCUGUUGCCGAGCAGGAGCCUUUGUGCUGAUCACAAGGGCCAUUGUCUGCGGCGUGAAGGGAAAAAUGCAUCUCGGGAAUUAAACAUGAAGCAUCAUUAAAGCACAAUGUCCUGUGGAAGGAAAAAUCAGCCCGAGCGGGAUGCUGUGAAAGGGAAAUGAUUAUCCCAUAGGAAAUGCAGACCCACAAAAGGGGGUGUUUGUCCUGAACCGCUGCUGGUUUUCAAUCCAUCUCAUAAAUUACUCACUUCAAACGUUUCCAGGUGGAGACAAAUCUCUCCAGACAGCCCAACACGAGAGGAAAGUCACUUCUGCAUGUGGUGUGAUUGUCUGGGCCAGGUUUUAUUUCAGGGGGAUCACCCUCUGCCCUGUGUUUUCACAUGUAAUGCUCUGCAGCCGAUUCCUCCUGUUGCUGCGAAGGGCCCCUCGUCCCUCUCCCCAUCACCACAUCAUCCAUCCAUGCUCCGUAUUUAUUGCAGGGUCCUGGGAAACCACCCCAAAUAGCCUCAUGCCCACAGCUCUGACACCCAGGCGCCUUUCCCUGGGAUUAAAGCAUGUGUGGGGUGAGCUGUGCUCUGCUGCGCCCCAAACAGGCAUCCCCCCUCUCCCCAUGGACCCUUGAGCAGAGCCUGGAGGGUCAAAUGAAGGGCCCAAGCAGGGCAGAGGGAGCAAAGGCCAUUGUGGCUGUUACUGAGGGGUGAUCCUGGGGCAGGGGGACACAGGAGUGAGGAAGGGGAUGAAGGAGAGGAAGGGGAGGAAGGCUCUUAUGCAGGCCCUGCCCAGGGAGCCCUGUGUGUCCGCAGGGAGGCUGCCCUGGGAAGGCAGAAGUCCCUCCUGCAGCUCAGUGCUGCUCCUGUGAGCCUGGAUUAGAAAAUAAACCCGUUAGAUGGAGAAAUCCUCAAUGUUGUCACUUCACGUGAGGUGGAAGUGUCUCUGCAGGGUGAAAGGCUGAGCCUGGGUGGAGGUUACAGCUGCUGAGCCCAAGAGAUGCUCCCGUGGAUCAGAGCAUGAGGCUGCUCAGGACACUGCGGGAAGGAGCUGCCAUUGCUGCGCUGUACCUCGGGGACCUGCAGGACUGGGGAAGCCUCUGGACUGACAGAGAUGUAUUGAAGGGGAUGAGCUGUGUGGAGGAAGGAGUGCCAUUAAAGAAGUUCCCCAUCAGAA